AUGUUUUUGAAGGCGGGCAGAGGGAAAAAAGUCCCCCCAGUGAGGGUCUGUGGGCCUGAUUGUAUAGUUAUGAUGGAGCCCCCUUUGAGCAAGAGGACCCCGCCAGCGCUAAGAUUAGCGGAUUUGGCAACGGCUCAGGCCCAACCGCUUCAGAAUAUGACAGGCUUCCCGGUGCUGGCCAGCCCGCCCGCCCAUUCCCAACUCCGUGCUGCCGCCGCGCACCUCCACCCACGGGACCUGGGCGCUGACCCCGGCGUGGCCGUCACUCUGCUCCGACCCGAGCACAUGGCCCAGGCGAGCGCGCAGAGCCUCGGCCCGCCCUCCCAGGCACUCUCGGUGCAGCCCGAGGCUCCGGCCGCCGCCGACUGCACCGCAGCCUUACUCGCGCACCCCAGCGCCGACACCUACCCCGGCGGCGGGGGCAGCGCUCCCCCUCCUCCUGCCCUCUCGGGCUACACCACCACCAACAGUGGCGGCGGCGGCAGCAGCGGCAAAGGCCACAGCAGGGACUUCGUCCUCCGGAGGGACCUCUCCGCCACGGCCCCCGCGGCGGCCAUGCACGGGGCCCCGCUCGGAGGGGAGCAGCGGUCUGGCACUAGCUCCCCCCAGCACCCGGCCCCGCCUCCCCACUCGGCCGGCAUGUUCAUCUCCGCCAGCGGCACCUACGCGGGCCCGGACGGCGGCGGUGGCCCGGCGCUCUUCCCCGCGCUGCACGACUCUCCGGGGGCUCCCGGCGGCCACCCGCACCCGCUCAACGGCCAGAUGCGUCUGCCAAUCAAGCAGGAGCUCAUCUGCAAGUGGAUCGACCCGGACGAGCUGGCCGGGCCACCCCCGCCGCCACCGCCCCCGGCCGGCGGCGCCAAGCCCUGCUCCAAAACUUUCGGCACCAUGCACGAGCUGGUGAACCACGUCACGGUGGAGCACGUGGGCGGCCCGGAGCAGAGCAGCCACGUCUGCUUCUGGGAGGACUGUCCGCGCGAGGGCAAGCCCUUCAAGGCCAAAUACAAGCUCAUCAACCACAUCCGCGUGCACACGGGCGAGAAGCCCUUUCCCUGCCCCUUCCCGGGCUGUGGCAAGGUCUUCGCGCGCUCCGAGAACCUCAAGAUCCACAAGCGCACUCAUACAGGGGAAAAGCCUUUCAAAUGUGAAUUCGAUGGCUGUGACAGGAAGUUUGCCAAUAGCAGUGAUCGAAAGAAACACUCCCAUGUGCAUACCAGUGAUAAGCCCUAUUACUGUAAGAUCCGAGGCUGUGACAAGUCCUACACUCACCCAAGCUCCCUGAGGAAGCACAUGAAGAUUCACUGCAAGUCCCCCCCACCUUCUCCAGGAACUCUCGCCUACUCAGCCGUGGGGACUCCGGUGGGUGCUCCCUUGUCACCUGUGCUAGAUCCAGCCAGGAGUCGCUCUAGCACUCUGUCUCCUCAAGUGACCAACCUCAACGAGUGGUACGUUUGCCAGGCCACAGGGGCCCCCAGUCACCUCCACACACCUUCCAGCAAUGGAACCACCUCCGAGUCUGAAGAUGAGGAAAUGUAUGGGAACCCUGAAGCUGUGCGGACGAUACAUUAG